AUGAAAGAACACACCAUGUUUAAUCAUCUACAGACCCUUGAAGCUGCUAUCGCUCAUGCUGUUGAGUAUGAAACUGUGAAAGGGCUGAAUAAGCCUGUGUACAAACCACAGUUUUACACACAAACUGGCGUGGGAUAUGUCAGGGUUGUGAGAACUGCUGAUGCAUUAAUGGUAGGAAGUGUUGCUGAGCAACUUCAGGAGCACAUAACUCAAUCCGAAGUGCCAUUAAUAGGCUAUAUUGUUGGAGAGGUUGAACCAGGUGAGGUACAGUAUUUUAUAGCUGAAGGGGGACUUUCUUCAGAUGGUAAAAAGGCAUUCAGAAGCUUCUUCUCAAGACUUGGGUAUUUGCGAACAAAAUUUCCUGAGGUUCCAGUCAUGUGCCUUACUGCGACAUCCAGCAAAGCAACACUGUUAACUGUGAGACAACUUUUAGCUCUGAUAAAGCCAUUUGAAUAUCUUGAAUCCCCAGAACGCCCAAACAUAAGGCUGUGUGUGAAAAAAAUUAAGACAGGUCAUGAAGCAGUACAAUGGCUUGUCGAAGGAAUUCGCAGGUAUGGAAAUACAUAUCCGAAGACCAUAAUUUAUUGCAGGAGUAUUCGAAAAUGCUCUGAGUUAUAUGCACCCUGUGAGGAACAUCUUGGUAAAAACCCUGUGGACAUGGACAUACGACAGUUUGACAUGGUACAUUCCAUAACAAUGCCAGAUGUCAAUACUAGUAUUGUUGAUCGGUUUAUGCGCAGCACCGCACUACUAGUUGUUGUCUUUGCUACCAAGAUUCUUUGGAUGGGAAUCGAUAUUAGACGUUCCCAGGUAGUGCAUGAUGGUCCUCCAGGAACCGUUGAUGACUAUUUGCAGCAGAUUGGACGAGCUGGUAGAGAUGGGCAACAGGCUCAUGCUGUUCUGUUGUUUCAUGGCAAACACUUGCGGAACCUUGAUGGUGCGCUGAGGUGUGUUGUUAGGAAUUUGGACAAUUGCAUCAGAGAGAUUCUACUGGAAGGUUUCCCCGGUGAAACACAACCCAUAAAUGACAAACAUUUGUGCCGCAAUAUUUGUGCCUCAAAGUGCAAUUGCGCGCAGUGCAGUGUGUACGAGAGCAUGUAUGAAUGUUUUGUACGGGAGCAUGAAGAACAAGAGGAGGCAGACAGUGGUGACGAGGAGGAGGAGUACAGGCAAUUGUUAGAGGGCCGGGAACAUCGGCUACUCACCAGUUCAGAACAUCCACUCCACGCUGCACCUUCCCUGUUGCAUGGACUGGACAACAGUGUCAUUGAGGAGUUCUUAGAGAAGGCAGCUGAAAUUUGCAGUGUAGAUGAUGAUAAUGAUGACAUAGCAUAG